AUGAGAAUCAGCAAUGUCUAUAUCGUCAUUGUUGUCAGCAGCAAUGCCAACGUGGCAUGUGCCUUCAAGUUUGUUGUUGAGGCAGUUGCGUUAUUUAAAUCAUAUUUUGGUGGAGCUUUCGAUGAGGAUGCCAUCCGCAACAACUUUGUUCUGAUCUAUGAGUUAUUGGAUGAAAUUAUGGACUUUGGUUAUCCACAAAAUCUGUCACCAGAAAUAUUAAAACUGUACAUUACUCAAGAAGGUGUUCGCUCACCUUUCUCUUCCAAGCCUACAGAUAAACCUGUCCCCAAUGCUACAUUACAAGUAACUGGUGCAGUUGGUUGGCGUAGAGAAGGUCUUGCGUAUAAAAAGAACGAAGUGUUUUUGGACAUUGUAGAAAGUGUUAAUCUUUUAAUGUCUUCAAAAGGUAGUGUUCUACGCUGUGAUGUAACUGGCAAGAUUCUCAUGAAAUGUUUCCUUUCGGGAAUGCCCGAUUUGAAGCUCGGAUUAAAUGACAAAAUUGGCCUCGAGAAAGAGUCUGAAAUCAAAUCACGCCCUACUAAAAGUGGGAAAACUAUUGAGCUUGAUGAUGUUACUUUCCAUCAAUGUGUAAACUUGACUAGAUUUAAUUCAGAAAAAACUGUUAGCUUUGUGCCACCAGAUGGUGAAUUCGAGCUAAUGAAAUAUCGUAUCACAGAGGGUGUAAAUCUUCCAUUUCGAGUAUUGCCCACAAUCAAGGAAUUAGGCAGGACGAGAAUGGAAGUUAAUGUCAAGGUAAAGAGUGUAUUUGGUGCAAAAAUGUUUGCGCUUGGAGUUGUGGUGAAGAUUCCAGUACCCAAACAAACAGCAAAAACGAGUCUUCAAGUGACAUCAGGAAGGGCAAAAUACAAUGCUUCUAUGGACUGUUUGAUGUGGAAGAUAAGGAAGUUUCCUGGUCAAACGGAGUCAACUUUGAGUGCGGAAGUGGAGUUGAUUUCAACGAUUGCGGAAAAGAAGUCAUGGACAAGACCACCAAUACAGAUGGAGUUUCAGGUUCCUAUGUUUACAGCAUCGGGAUUAAGAGUGAGAUUUCUCAAGGUAUGGGAGAAGAGUGGUUACAAUACGGUGGAAUGGGUGAGGUAUAUUACGAAAGCGGGUUCAUAUGAGAUCAGAUGCUGAGAUCAAAAUGAAACCGUGUUUUUUUGGGACAUUUUUAUUUUUUUGUGUGGUUGUGUUGAUUAGCUGCUUGUUUUUGACUUUGAAGGUCAAAUAUGUUGUAUUUUGACUUUAAAAGUGCUUUAUUUGAAUUAUUUGUUAUUACAAUGUUUGGAAAGAAUAAAUUUGCUUUUGAAAGUCGGAUUAUAUAUGAUGAG